AUGUCUACCACAGUUAGGGUUGUGCUCGAUCCUCCCUCAAAUGGGGAAUUCUAUACUCUGGAAGAUGUUAUAGCUGGAAGCGUGGUUCUGGGGCUCGAGAAAUCUGUGAAUAUCAGGGAGGUAAUGGUGAAGCUUGUGGGACAAUCUGAAGCAGUAGUGAGGCCUGGCGAUCACCUAGAAAAUGAAAAGCCUCAAAGCCUUCAAGUACCUUUAUCGGACAAUAGGUCGCUUCAUGAAGUCGUAAAGCUUGAAUCCUCCGUUUUUCCGCCAGAAAAUGUCAAAGCUGCUAUGAAAGGUUCAAGGAAGCCCUUUAAGGUCGAAAAAGGUGAAUACAAAUUCCCUUUUGAAUUUCAUUUCCCAAGCAGACCGCAAUGCAUCCAGAGGCAUCAAAGAAAGCUUUUUACAUAUUUGAAGGGACGCACUAACCCUAAACUGCCGCCUAGCUUUAACAACUUGCUAAGUUCCAAAGAUGUUUUGAACCUAAACGCCUACUUCUAUUCGCUGGGCUGUAUUGAAUACUUCGUCGAAGCAACAGUCUUUACCGGUGGUGACGAGAUGUGGUUCAAGCCGUUUAGAAGCUACCCUGCUCUGAAGCGUACUUUCGAAUUUAUUCCGUCGAACGUCGCGCAAGAGCACUUAGAGGAUGCCCUAAGGGAAAAUCCAAACACCCCUCCUCAGGUAUUUCGCUCCAAAUUCGAUGUUACGUUUGAGGGCAGCGAACAGCAGAUGUGGGUCGAGGUACGUUCUAAACACCUGCGAUCCGUGUACCGACUUGACUAUCUCUUCAGGCCCUCUGGUAAGAAGUUCAACCAAGUCUUUCUGUGCAUGCUUAAUCCCCUGCCGGAGAGCGCAGAUCUAAGGGUGGCUAGGGUGGAAUUGAAUCUGAUAGAAGUUGUUACAUACCUUGCUGGAAACCGCUCAAAUGCAAAUCUUAGCUCCUUAAGACUUGCCGGGGUCGACACAGACUAUAAAGUUGAUCUAACAAAGUGUCAGCAAACGGAAAGUGGAUUCACUGAAUGCCACGUCGAACUGUCUGAUAUCUAUCCUCUCGAUAUGAUUCGAUUUAAUGAGGAGGACUAUAAGCACAAUGGAAACCGUCUUUACAGCUUUGAUUCAUGCAACAUUAGGCGUAGAUUCAAGUUUCAGCUGUUUCUGCACUGGACGCUAAACGGAGUGGAUCAUUUCCAAACUGAGGUUCUCACUAACUUUACUAAUAUCUUUUGCGAAUCUGUCACGGUAGCUGAGCAGCCUCCAGACUACAUGGAGGAGCAACUGCCGAAGUAUGAAUAA